AUGAAGCGCAGCAACUAUACCCGGAACACCAAUGUACCACCAGAGGUGACUGUAAUCUCGGAAAAACCUGUGGAACUAGGUGAGCCCAACAUCCUCAUCUGUUUCAUCGACAAGUUCUCCCCACCAGUCAUCAAUGUCACAUGGCUUCAGAAUGGAAAACCUGUCACCACAGGAGUGUCAGAGACAGUCUCCCUGCCCAGGAGGGACCAAUUAUUCCGCAAGUUCCACUAUCUCCCCUUCAUCCCCUCAAAUGAGGAUUUCUAUGACUGCAAGGUGGAUCACUGGGGUUUGGAAGAACCUCUUCUUAAGCACUGGGAAUUUGAUCUGCCAACCCCCCACUCAGAGACAAAAGAGAGCGUGGUGUGCGCCCUGGGCCUGUUCGUGGGUCUGGUGGGCAUCAUCGUCGGAACCAUCCUCAUCAUCAAGGGUGUGCGCAGAGGCAAUGCUGCUGAACGCCGCGGACCUCUGUGAGGUGCCUGCAGGUAAUGGAUUUUCUAGAGAGAAGAUGGGUAAAGAAAAUUCUGCUUUCACAACUCUAUCAACCCAGCAAUACUGCAAUUUUUCACAUCAGUGAAGACAAGAAUUUUUCAUCAUUUUCCAGACUUGUAACUCCUUUAAGACUGGUGAUGUCUUCCUGAUCUCUCCAAAGUCUAACAUAUACUAAUUGCCUUGUCUAUUGUCCCAUCGUGUUUGUUUUUCCUCUAUUUCCUAAUAUGUUAUUAUUAUCAUUAAAGUAGAACCAUAGGAUCACUUCUCUGCUAUGGAACCUUUGGAAUGUUCCAUGGUGCCAUCACUUAUAUAUUUAUGGAUUUGGGUUUUUUUCAAGGGUUUAUGAUUUUUCUGAAUAUAAUAAACUCUUUGAUGUGUCUUAGGUGGUAUUUAGUGAUGAGUCAGUUCUUCAUGGGGUCCAAGAAAUGUAUAUGAUCCUUCUGUCCUAAGACAUCUAAAUGUUCAGUGUUUCUUAUAUGCUCUUUAAUUAGUAAAAAGAUCUAGGUUCAUUAAAAUUGACCUUAAUCUGCAUCUUCAAGAAGAGCAUCUACAAGAAAUGCAUUUACUAUAGUACAAUCCUCAUCUGGAAAGUGCUACAGUAGGGUUUGUUUGUUGGGAGGUCUCUACUUAAGUAUUGGUACAGAAUCUGGUUUUGUGUCUUGAGCUUCCAAGUCAGCAAAAUAUCUGAAACCUCAGUUCCAGAAUCUCAAGCCCUAGAUUUCAGUUUCAGUCUCACUCUCAUGGAGUGAGAUAGAUGGAGGGGAGUAGAUGGAUUGGAGGAAGGAGUAAAAUAGAGGUGAACUCCUACACAUCACAGGAUUUACUUACAAGUAUCACCCAUUCCAGAAUUAAUGAGUUUGAACACUGAUGACUGGCAUUGCCCAUUUAAUUUUUUAUAGUCCUUGAUGCCUCUUUUAUUACCAGGAAAAUGGUGUGAUUUUUUUUCCCUUAGAAACAAAUUAAUAUGUGUCCCUGAGUCCUGAGUGGAGAAACUGAGUAAGAGAGUGGGUGAUUAUGAAAUUAAACUGGAGGAAAGAAAGUGACAUAGUGAGACACUUCUCACUUAUCUAUGAAACUAAUACUUUGUAUGUUUGUCUACACUGGUAACCAGAGCAGCUCUCUUUCCCACAUAUGACUAUGCAGGUGCCUCUUCUUAGUUUCAUCUUUUCCUAAUAAACGUGUCCUUUCAAAAUGUAAAAGAAAAAUGAGAACAAACGCCUAUCACAUAUCUUCAAGAUUGGUUAUCCAUUACAGUGUAAUAGGCUGGUAAAUAAAUUCUUUUGA